GCCACUCCCAAUUCAAGUCAAAGCGAAAUGGAACCCGUUUUCCCCUGCGCCGCCUAAGCGGAACACAUUUCUUCGAAUAAAAAAAGCUAUCCAUCACUAAAAGAGCGUUUGAUCUGAGCUGAAGAACUUGCGCACCACUCAAUCGCAUCCCAUACUUAAUUCCCCGCACAUGGCCGGUGACGAGGAGGCAGAUCGAAUACCAAGAGAUCAGAGCUUGUGCGAAAGCUCACCAUGGACAGCAUAAACACCACCGCCCAACGCAGCAUCGGCGGCGGCGGCGGACACGUCCUGCUCCUGCCGUUCCCGGGGAUGCAGGGCCACGCCAACCCGAUGCUGCAGCUGGGCCGCCGGCUGGCAUACCACGGCCUCCGCCCCACCCUCGUCGUCACCCGCUACGUCUUCUCCACCACCGCCACCACCGACGGGUGCCCCUUCCCCGUGGCCGCCAUCUCCGACGGCUUCGACGCUGGCGGGAUCGCCUCGUGCCCGGACACCGCGGAGUACUUGCGCCGGAUGGAAUCCGUCGGCUCGGAGACGCUGUCGCGGCUCAUCUCCGACGAGGCGCGCGCCGGGCGGCCCGUCAGGGUGCUCGUGUACGACUCCCACCUGCCCUGGGCGCGGCGGGCGGCGAAGCGAGCCGGCGUCGCCGCUGCCGCGUUCCUGACGCAGCUGUGCGCGGUCGACGUGAUCUACGGCGAGGCGUGGGCGGGGCGGGUGGCGCUGCCGUUGACGGACGGGAGCGCGCUGCGGGGGGUGCUAAGCGUGGAGCUCGGGCCGGACGACGUGCCGCCGUUCGUGGCCGCGCCGGAGUGGUACCCGGCGUUCACGGAGUCAGCGCUCGGGCAGUUUGAUGGACUGGAGGAGGCCGAUGACGUGCUCGUCAACUCCUUCCGCGACCUGGAGCCAAAGCUGAACCGGAAAUUUCGACAAUGCUAUGCAAUGAUAGACGCACCAACGCUUCAUCAUGAAGCGGAUUACAUGGAAUUGGUAUGGCGCACAAAGACUGUCGGACCGACAUUGCCUUCAUUCUACCUUGACGACAACCGUCUGCCGUUAAACAAGACCUACGGUUUCAACCUCUUCUCAAGCAUUGCUCUAUGCAUGGAAUGGCUAGACAAGCAGGUUCCUUGUUCCGUAGUCCUCGCAUCAUAUGGGACCGUCGCUAACCUCAACUCUACACAGCUAGAGGAGCUAGGCUAUGGAUUGUGCAAUUCUAGGCAGCCUUUCCUUUGGGUGCUGAGGUCCGAUGAGGCAGAAAAGUUGCCCAAAGAUCUUCGUGACAAAUGCAACACGAAAGGACUAAUUGUUCCUUUUUGUCCCCAGCUUGAAGUAUUGGCUCAUAAGGCUACAGGUUGUUUCUUGACACACUGUGGAUGGAACUCGACCAUCGAAGCGAUUGUCACCGGUGUACCCAUGGUUGCAAUACCACAAUGGGCGGACCAACCAACUACUGCGAAAUAUGUGGAGAGUGCUUGGGGAAUUGGCAGGCGUGCUUGUCCGGACAGGGAAUGCUUGGUGACAAGGGAAAAGAUUGAGAGGUGUGUCAAGGAGGUGAUCUGUGGAGAAAAAGAGUAUACGAGGAAUGCUGCUAAGUGGAUGCAAAAGGCCAAAGAAGCAAUGCAACAAGGAGGAAGCUCUGACAAGAACAUUUCAGAUUUUGUAGCGAAGUAUCUAUAAGAUUAGAGAUUCAGACCAUGUUUAGAAUGUUGUUUUUUGUGCGGGAACAAGAAUGUUGAACAACUUUUUGCUUGUUGAAAAAAGAUGCGAGUUAAGUA